CAAAUAUUUUUUUUUUAUGGAAACAACAGCAGCACUUACAACAAAUACAUUUAAACUAACAGGAAAUCUAAAACCACUUGAUAAAGAUAUUGUUUAACUUUAAUAAGAUUAUGAAAUUAUGAAAAAGAAUAGAGAAUAAGCUAAAGCAGAUUUAUAAGCUAAAUUUGAUGAAGUUUAUGAGUAUAUUCUUUAUCUAAUUAUAUUAUAGUAAAAUUACUCAAACAAAAUAGAUGUUUGUUAAAUUAGCUGUUGAAUUAAAUGGAAAGAUAUAAACAUUUCAAAAAACAAACAAUACAAAUAUUUCAAGUUACCAUUUCAUUCAUAUAAAUAGACUUGGAGAAUAAACAUAAUGAUUAACAUAAUUCAUUUAAAACUCACACAAAUUGUUAGUUGGCUACUUUAGAUUCUGAUAUUGUCAAAUUAGAUUAAGCUAUUGAAUAAGAAAAAUUAGAUAGAAUUAGAACUGAAAAAGAAAACAUUGAAAAUAUUUAAAAAUCUAUAGAUUGUAUUUAUAUAUAAAAUUAUAAUUAGAAUUAUUUAGUAAUUUUGAAUUAGAAAAGUAAACUAGAGUGUCAAAUGAAAAGAAAAUAUUAAAUACUAUAAAAGAUACUUCAUAAUAAAUAGAUUAAGCUAUCAAGAAUGAAGCUAAUGAAAAGGAACAGAAACAUCAAGAAUUAAUUAAAAAUAUUAAUCAUUCAUUAUAGUCUGAAAAUCGUUAUUCAGAAGGAUUUAGAAAUAAUACUGUUAAAGAAUUUCAUCUACAAAUAGAUAAUAUAAAAGAUGAAAUCAAUAAUAGAUUUGAUCAAUAAGAUAAAGUUGUUGAUGAUUUAAGAUCUGUUAUUAGAACUAUUUAAAAUACACUUGGUAUCCUAGGUAAGGAUGUUUGA